GGGGCGGCGCCGGGGACAGAGCCGCCGAUCUGACCGUGCGCUUCGGAGCGCGCCCCGCGGAGCGCACGCGGGCAAAGCCGAAGCGCGGAAGGGAGAGCGACCCCCGGAGCCGUCCCGGCCCCAGCUCCAGCUCGAACGUCGCCACCGACCCCGGACCCGGGACCCUGCACCCCGCAGCACCUAACGCCGCGCGCGCCUGGCCGAGCCCGCCCCAUGAAGCCGCCCGCCGCGCAGGGCAGCCCCGCGGCCGCCGCCGCCGCAGCCCCGGCCUUGGACUCGGCGGCGGCUGCGGACCUGACGGACGCCUUGUGCGAGUUUGACGCGGUGCUGGCCGACUUCUCGUCGCCCUUCCGCGAGCGCCACUUCCACUACGAGAAGCACCUGGAGCGCAUGAAGCGGCGCAGCAGCGCCAGCGUCAGUGACAGCAGCGGCUUCAGCGACGCGGAGAGUGCUGAUUCACUUUAUAGGAACAGCUUCAGCUUCAGUGAUGAAAAACUGAAUUCUCCUACAAACUCGACCCCAGGUCUGCUCUCUCCCACCGUUGGUCCUCGGAGAGCCAAACUGGGAGACACAAAAGAGCUAGAAGACUUUAUUGCUGACCUUGACAGAACAUUAGCAAGCAUGUGAAACAAGGAGAAGUUCUGGGUCCUUCUUUUACAAAAGAGAGAAGCUUCAGGACACUCCAAGGACCGGGUAAAGUCGGCUACUAGAACCUACUGCGGGAGAGAACGGAGAUGAAAGCUCACCUACCACCUGGCUGUUUUCAGGCUCAGCCUUUGGACUCGUCUCUUGGCAAUUUAGACAGUGAAACUGAUUUGUUUACCUGCUUUGCGGUGUAUUAGAACCAGCGACCCAUGCUAAUGUUGUACUUUCUCUUAAAACAUAGCUCUCCUGUAAUUUAAAGUGCUUUUAUGAAAAUAUUUGUAAUUAAUUAUAUAUAGUUGGAAACAGUAAUAUGCUUAUCCCAUUAUAAUAUAUUUUUGUAUACAAAUAAAAUUUGAACUGGAGUCUG